GAACAGACUCAUCAAUAGCAUGCAGAUCAGUUGAGCUGGCCGAAUCAGGAUCUUCUGUGCAACCAACACCUGAAAAAAGCUAGCUAAACGCUGGGGCGCACUUUUCCAUCAGCAAAAUGGCGCUGGCCUCCUCAAGAAGAUGGAGAAUGGGCAGCCCACCUAACUUCCUGCGAGUCGCAUCUUCCUUCGCCAUCUUCCUUCUCCUUAUAAGCACACUGGUUGCUCGGCCCACCGCGUCCGUUCAAAUUCCGGACGACGACCAAGACACCUCAGCUUUAGAAGAGGAAAUCGAUGACGAUGCUGAGGAUGAAAGCGGAGGGGGAGGAAGCCAUGUGCAGAUUGCCAAUGUGGCCACCGAGGGGGAGAAGGUCAGCCUGUAUGUGGACAAGGCACUGAUCAGGAGUGGACAGAAGGGUUUCAGCAUUCUGAUCAAUGAGGGGAGGCGAGAGGCGGAGCAGGCUGCAGAGGAGGAAGCGGCGAACCUGCAGGUUCAGAGCAAUGCUUUCGAGGGUUUGCGGGAGGACGGCACGUCUGAGAGGGUUGGCGAGGUGGACCCCGGGGCGUGGAAGAAUGUUUACGAGCUGCCACUGGGGGAUACGAAGGCAAGAGCGGCGGAAGGAGGCAUAGAAGCAAUGUACAUCCUGGGGUUGAAGCAGCUCCUGGGGGGUGUAGGAGUGCGGAGGGAUGCGGUUGCAGGAGUGGAAAGGAUCGUGAAGGCGGCUGAGCAGGGGCACGAGCAUGCGCAGUCGGCGCUUGCGUUUCUGCAGGACCAUGGGUAUGGCGUGGAGCGGGACGAUGCGAGGGCGUUCUUGAACCAUCACUUUGCGGCCAAGGGGGGGAGCUAUCAAUCAAAGAUGGCGCUGGCCUACAACUACGUGAGGCAACAAGAGUACGAGCUGGCAGCUGACCUGUAUGAAGAAGUUGCAACCAAAGCGAUGUCAUGCUUCCACGUUCCUGGGGAAGCCCCACUGGUGGAGACGGUGCGACUCAGCGCAGGGAGUGAGCAGAGCGCAGAGGCGGUGGCAGGACACCGGGGCGAGGACGACGAACGGAUCCAGUAUAUCCAGUUUAAGGCGGAGAAGUUUGGGGAGAUCUACUCUAUGAAGUCGCUAGCAGACCUGUACUACUGGGGGGCAAGGGGGAUCACCCGGGACCACCGCAAGGCCUUCAGCUGGUUCCUCAAGGCAGCGGAAGCAGGGGAGCUCACGUCCAUGGUUCAGAUCGGUCAGAUGUACGGGCGGGGCGUGGGCGUACAGCAAAACUCGCAGGAAGCAGUCUCAUGGUUCGAGAAGGCUGAGACAGCUGCGGCGGCGUCGGCCGCUGGGACGGAGAUUCCGCAAGUGAGGGCAGCGUUCGAGGCGGCGGCGGGGCAGGCGCAGAACGGGCUGGGGUACAUGCAUGCGCACGGGGCGGGCAUGGAGAAGAACUACACCAAGGCACUGGCCUUGUUCGGCCAAGCGGCCCGCAAGGGCCUCCCCGAGGGCAGCUACAACCUGGGCGUGAUGCACCUGAACGGGCUCGGCGUGCGCCGCAACCCCAGCAAGGCACGCGAGUUCUUCUCUGCCGCCGCGGCCGCACAGCACGUCGGGGCGACGUACCAGCUGGCAAAGAUGAUGCACCACGGGAUCGGAACCAAGCGGUCGUAUGCUACGGCUGUGGCCUACUACAAGCGGAUCGCGGAGCGGGGCCCGUGGGGGAGCAUGAUGCGCUGGGCGCACGAGUGCUACAUGGAGGGCCAACUGAGCACCGCACUGCUGCUCUACAGCCGAGCGGCGGACUUGGGUUACGAGGUCGCGCAGAGCAACGCAGCGUGGUUGCUGGAAAAGGGCGCCGCCAGCGAAUGCCUGGGCCCGACAGGAAAGCGCUGCACGGACCAUGAGCGAUACGCACGGUCGCAUAAGCUAUGGCGGCUUGCGAGCGAGCAGGGCAACGUGCAGGCUGCGCUGCUCAUAGGAGAUGCGUACUACUUUGGGAGGGGCACGAAGAAGGACCUGGAGCGGGCGGCAGAGGCGUAUUGGCGGGCCGCUCAACAGCGGAGUGCGCAGGCCCUGUUCAACCUGGGGUACAUGCACGAGCACGGGCGGGGCCUUCCGCUGGACCUCCAUCUGGCCAAGCGCCGCUACGACGAGGCCCUCGGGAUGGACCGCGACGCCGCGUUGCCCGUCAAGCUCGCGCUCGCGGGGCUCUGGCUGAGGACGCACUACGGGGAGACGCUGAUCAUGCGCGCGCUGGAAAGGAUACCGGGGAUGUGUUCCGCUCUGUUUAUACACACCGUCAACUUCCUUUCAAACGACGGCAACGGAACCGUCCUCACGCUGGUGGCCCUCUUGGCGACUGUCCUGUAUUUCAGACAACGGCAGCGGCGAAACGCAGAUGCAGGUAACGUCGCCUUUGUAGAACCUGUAGCUGAUCAGCAACCUCCGCCUGCGGUUAGAGAGACACCCGUUGACCCGCCGGAUGCACAAAUGUAAUCUGCUCACUAAAAUGUAUUCUUACAAAGAAAGGAGUUUCUCGCUACCAGCCCGGUUUGGAAAAUGCUGAACAGGUAGACGACAGGAAUGAUCCCAUGGGCCCAUGACGCAGGCCCUGGCGUUUGCCUGUUUACAAAGCAGGCAGAUACGAUUUCGUUGUUCAUAAACUGAUUGGCCCAGG